UUCAUGCGCUCUGCUUUCCCGUCCCCACACCCUCACCUCGCACCACCAAUGGACCGUCUUACCAAACCCAGUGCGCCCACACGGCCCAGCGCCACGAGCAGGCGCACAAACCCACCGGAGCCGAUAUCCGUGCCCACCGCCGAGCCUUCGGUAGACCUUACUGAGCUCAUGGACGAUUGGUUCUUCGGCACUGGAAGCUCCGACCGAACCCACACGAACCUAGAAACAAGCUCGAAGAGACGAGAAGAUUACGAAGUUGAAGAAACAAGCGGUGGAAGUAGUAGUGGCAAGUUGACUGAAGAGUGGCUCGAAGAGGCUCGGAGGAUGGUGGCCUCUUCACCAAGCCGACUUGCCUCUCCGUCACGCACAGUAGGCUCUCCGAGGUUCGUUACUGCUAGGGAAGUCUGUUCGGCUUCCAUUCUUGAUCGAAGGGACCCACUUUCAAGGUCGGCCAGAAGGCAUAGAGCUUUAGAAGGAUUUAGCAAGGAAAUUCUUUCAAAAUCUGCAAAACACAAUCGGAACAAGUCCGAAGGCAGAGCAAACAUUGAGAAGUCACAAGCUUCUGCAGUGAAACAGUGGUUUAACAACAUUAUCAAACCCAAUGAUCUGCAUAACCAAUCUCCUUUCGAUGAAGAACACUCGCAAAAUGGGCCUAACAUGGGGGUCCAAAGCAAACAACCAAGAAGAAGAUCAAGGUUCCAAGAUGAGUUAGCAAGCACCGCAAGAGAAAUUACGUCAAAGAGAUCCUUUAAGAAUCUCAAAGAGGACCAAGUCUUAUCACCACCGAAGAAUUUAGUGGAGUCAUUGAAUAGGAGAUCGAUAUCUUCUUCUACUUGCUCAAUUGAUAGGAUUCAAUGUGAUGAGGAGGAGGAGAAGCAAGAUGAUGUGGUUUCGAUUCCCUUGGAAGAUGUUGCAUGCCUCAAUUCAUUCCUUAAGAAGCAAAGGCGUAGAAUUGAGAAAAUUUCAAGAGGGGAGAUGGCAGUUCAGGCUAAGAUCCUAUUGUCUGGAUCUUCAAAUGGCGCAAGUUCCAUGGUAGCUGCAAUAUGCUACGCAUGGCUUUUACAGAAUGAAGAGAAGGAGAAAGAGGAGAUCGGGGUCAUCGUUCCUGUAAUGAACAUGAAAAGAGGUAGGAUGUGGAAGCAUAGGGAGGCUGCUCGACUCUUCCAUGAUACUGGAAUUGAUGCAAUGAGCUUGCUCUUCUCUAACGAGGUGGAUUUGGAGAGCCUCGUGUUGGCCAGGCGUCUAAGCAUCCUUGUCAUUGGACAAGAUGUGCUCAAACCAAACAGUGAGGUGGUUUCGCCUUGCACGCUUCUCACUGAUAACUAUUGCGAACAUGCAUAUGAACUUCUUCAAGCCCCAUAUCUGAAGAAAUUGAUGCUGGCUGGUAUUCUUUUAGAUACACAAAAUCUGAAUGCUUCAGCUAAACUCUCCAUGAAUAGAGAUGCAGAAGCAGUGCAAUUGCUCUUGGUGGGCAUGGGCCCAAAUUAUAGAAACUCACUUUAUGACCGAUUGACCCGUGCUAAGCUGGACAAUUCGUUUCAAGAAAUCCUACUCUACAAUUAUGGUGACCUUGUUGAUGGAGAUGAAGAAGAAAAUCGGGAUAUGGAGCAUAGGGAUUCAGUCAGAAAGUUACACUCAUCUUCUCAACAGUCACAUUCAUCCACUCAAACAGAAAGAAAGGUGGAAAUGUCACAUCCAAAGGCUGUGGAUGUAAAAAAUGUAAAGGCUUGUGUUCUACCAUCAAAAAUGGAUUUACCGAAGCCAGCACCAACAAAGACAAAUGACGCUGGUGGAAAGAACAAGUUUUUCUUGGCCAAGUGGUUUGGGUUUGGUUCGAAGUGAUCAAGGGACUUCUCAAUGCACAAUUAUUAGUCGUUUAUGGGGAUUUUCUUCAAAUGCUCCAAGUUAGUUAAACAAGAUGACAUGAAGCUUUCAAAGAAUUAUCAAUUAAGUGACAACUGAGUUAAUCCACAAAACAAGCCACAAAACAAAAACUAAUAAAUUGCCUUUGUUGAAGCAUGCAAGUGUGUGGAUUUUUUCACAUUAAAUACACCCCAUGUAUGUGAUUCAUAACCUGAAAUUAUGUCCAUGGUAGUGUCAUA